AUGCUAUUCAAAGGCAACAGCAGUAGGCUAGAACACCUCAUAGAAAAAAUACAAGCCAAUAAGGAAAACCACGACGACACGACUGACGACAUAAAAGAAGCAUUGGGCAGCGUGGGCAGCACGGCGGGAAGCUCGUGGCCUUCGUCUGCGGAGCCAUCGCCUUCGCCAGCGUCGACUCCAACGUCCGCUGAUGCACCUGAUGCUGACGCCGACGGCGAACCGCCCUUUACGCUUGGAGCAACCGAGCACACGCCCUACCAGUGCCCAUUCUGCGACAAGGCCUUCCCGAGGCACUUCUAUCUUAAGAAGCAUGAACAGACACACUCGGACCAAAUGCCAUUCCGUUGCGAAUUCUGCUCAAGAUUGUUCAAGCACAAACGGUCGCGCGAUCGUCAUGUCAAGUUGCAUACUGGCGACCGCAAGUACCGCUGCGCUCACUGCGAAUCUGCUUUUUCCAGAAGUGACCAUCUGAAAAUCCAUAUGAAGACGCACGAUAACCAGAAGCCGUUCCAGUGUACCGUGUGUAACCGCGGGUACAACACAGCCGCGGCGCUCACAUCACACAUGCAGGGUCACAAACGGGACCGGGAAGGCCGUGAUCAAGACCGCCGUCGAACCAUGCGGUGCUUGCAAUGCGGCGAUGCUUUUCGACGCCCUGAAAUGCUCCAGGCUCAUAUGGCAACAGCUCAUGGCGUCGAUGCAGCAGCUUUAACUCCACCAAGACGCGUUGCAUCUCAACCACCUCCGACCCUUCUCGCCUGUAUAUACUGCACAAGAGAUACGUUCACGAGUAUGGAACAAUUGCAACUGCACGUCCGCACCGCUCAUUCAGCCCUACUGAAUGGUGAAACUGCUAUGCCUUCGACCAUAGAACAGCCAGUUCCAACAGAUCUAAGCAGAAGGACAAAUGAUGAUGUCACAACAGCAAAACGCCCGAGAUCUGGUUCCGGAUCAGCCACGCCUCAGACAUCUAUGUCACCGAGUACUCUACUCUGCAAUCAGUGUGACGCAGCCUUACCAGAUUUUGAAGCUUUCAGACUUCAUCUCAAAGGUCAUCUUGAAGAAGGAGGUGAACAUAACCGUACCAGUCCCGCGCCUUGUGUUCACUGCGGAGCUAGUUUUACGGACGUUGCUGCAACGGAACGCCAUUUAGCAGCACAUUAUCUGGCAGUUUCCUGCGAAUAUACUUGCCACAGUUGUGUACGCAGUUUCCCCGCACCGGAUGACUUGCAAAAACACCUCUUUGACUUGCAUGCACACCACUUGUACCGUUGUUCACUCUGCAAAGAAGUCUUCGAUUCAAAAGUGGCUAUUCAGGUGCACUUCGCGGUCGCACACAGCGGCGAAAGUAAGGUGUGGAUGUGCCGUCCCUGCGGCGGCAGCGCGGGCGCGAUGCGCUCGGAGGCGGAGGGUGCGGCGCACGUGCGCGCGCGGCACGCGGCGGCGCGCUGCGGCUGCGGCGCCGCGCUGCCCGCGCCGCCCGCGCUCCGCCGCCCCUACCGCUGCCCCGCACCCGCCUGCGCACACACCUUCGCAGUGCAGUACCUGCUCGAGCGCCACGUGCAAUUGCACCACGCCGUCGCGCAACAGACAUUAAACGGAGAAAUGGUCCGUCCGAAGCGUGCGGAUAAUAACAACGUGGUGGACAGCGGUGACGGGGCGUGCACGCCGUGUGUGAGCGGAGAGGGCGGGCUUAGCGAGGAGCGCAGACGCAAGAACGGCGCGGUGGCGCUGCAGUGCGCGUACUGCGGCGAGCGCACGCGCAGCCGCGCCGAGCUGGAGGCGCACACGCGCGCGCACGCCGGCGCCGCGCGCCACAAGUGCCUCAUCUGCGACGAGGUGCUGCCUUCCGCCGGCGUGCUGGCCGAGCACAAGCUCUCACAUUGCAAGGUUAUUGCCGGCGACACAUGUUCACGAUGCCGGGCAAGACUGCCCUCUGAAGAAGUAUUCCUCACUCAUAUGGCACGACAUCAUCCCACGCUACCAGCUCCUUGCGUUGUUUGUCGCCAAACGCUGGCUUCUGAAGCAGAAGCCCGACUUCACGCUCGUUUCCAUUUACGUCCAAAUGAAGACGAACAACGAUGCGCGAUAUGUCUAAGAGCUUUAUCUGAGAGUGAGGCUGGUGAGGGAGUGAGAGCGUGCUCCGCCUGUUACGUUCGUCAUUCUACGCCGAGACCUCCUCCGACCGCUGACAAUGACUGUCGACUUUGCAGAAGAUCCCUCGGCUCACCAACUCGCCUACAAGCACAUCUUAUUGAACACACAUUCGCAGGAAUUGGAGCCUUCACGUGCUAUCUGUGUUCGGCUGUGUUUACAAGUGCAGCAGGCUUGCAACGACAUCUCCCAGAACAUGCAUCCGCGCCACGCCCUUACGAUUGCGCUCGUUGUGGAAUAAAGUUCUUCUUUCGCGCUGAGCUCGACAACCACGCCUUCGUACAUAUCGAGGAGGCGGAACUAGCUCAGAGAGCCUUCUACGAAGCUUACGCGAGGGGCGCCGCAUCUGCAUGGGCGGCUCUAGCUCCACCAUCAGAAAAUACGCCCAUGCCGUCAGCAUCAGGUCCUGUAACACCUGGAUCAGAAGUUCCAGUGAAAGUAGAGCCUGAUAUCAAAGAAGAACGUAACAUUGAAGAAUAUAUCGAAGUAUCCUCGCCUCCCCCUUCUGCCCCGCCACCUCAGCAGCCGACUGCGACAUCACCGGCCCCCGUAGUAAAGCAAGAAAAACCCGACGAAGAAUGA